AUGAACCGUUCAUUCAUUGUUCUUCUUUUUGGUUUGCUUUUAUUUUACUCGGCAUCGACGACAUCAGAUGAGCCCAAUGCUACUUCAACGGCUUUUCGGAUCGUCGGUGGCUACAGCAUCACCAUCAGUGCAAUUCCCUUCAUUUGUUCCAUCCGUCAGAGAAAUACGGGACCGCCAGUAGAUAACGGCCAAUGGAGCUGGUUGUGCGGGGGAACGGUCGUAAAUCAGAACUGGCUGCUCACUUCCGCUCAUUGCAUUUUCGGCCUAGAUAUCGCUCGUAUAUUGGUUGUUUGUGGCCUACGCCAAGCCCGCACCAUCCAGCUGGUUCAAACCAGCCCGGCUUAUGUCCAGGGACAAAAAGGAAACGAUUUGGCGUUGGUUUUGCUCAAGAAACCACUGGUUUUCAGUGACAACGUACAACCCAUUACAAUUUGGGAUGGACAGCCGCUUCCAUCUAACGAGGCCACAAUUGUCGGUUAUGGAUUAUCUUCGUACGACGUAGCAGGAUGGCGAGCAAAUGGUUUACAGGCCGCCACCGUUCCAAUACUGUCAAACGAACAAUGUUACCAACGACUCGGUUAUCUGGCUGCUUAUCUGACAACUGAUACCAUCUGUACUGAUAACGGUUCUGAUGGCGCAGGGAACGCGUCAGGGGAUUCCGGUGGUCCAGUCAUUAUUGCUACAGAGCAGCAAGCCUUCAAUUUGAUAGCGAUACCAUCCUGGACGGUUAGCCCGUGCGGUAGCGGACCGUCGAUGCAUACUCUUAUUUCGCCUCACAUCAACUGGAUUCUCGACGUUAUUACUCCGAAUCUUGUGCAGAACUAAACUAUUGAUGUGUUCCUUAAAUUGUAUUAUAGUGGAAGUAAAUGGAAUAGUGAAGUCUUUUAACUCUGUAACAUUUCCCCUAAGACGCUCAGUAAUAAUUUAUCAUUAAAUAUGUUUUCAAUGAAAUUUAAACUGAUUGUGUCCAAGAAAUUUCCUUUUUAAAUAUUUUGCUCUACGUAGCUCACCAGCAUUGUAGCCAAAAAAAUCUGUCAGGAGGGGAUGGGUCUCCACUUAUCCUUGCGUGCAAAGACGUAGGAUUUCCAAUCCGGAGAUGACGAGUUGAUCAGGAUGUUUUCGGGUGGGAAACAUUCUUGACUCCCUGGGCAUAGUGUAUCCAUUGUA